UACAAAUAGAAAAGAGAAUGGAAUUAUUACACUACUACCCUGUUGCUAACAAAAAACACACAAAUUAAACUAAAUUGCACAAAUCCUUUAUCACACAAAUAGAAUAACACACUUUUAUAAAGAAGAUUGAUUACACUGUUGCACUUCAAACAAGAAACACACAAACUAAAUUGCACAACUGCCAUCUACACGUAAACCCUGAACUUUCUUGCCUUCAUCAAUUACAUCAACAUAAUAAAUCUGCCCAGCGAUUGCAUAGUUAAUACUGAUGACAGAAAGGCCACUAAGGCGUUCCUGUGACAUGGUGGACCUCAGGUAGGAUUUCAUGAGCUUCAGCUUUAAAAAGCUCUUCUCUGCUUCAGCUAUGGUCACUGGAAGAGUAAGACACAUUCUGAGAGCAGUCCACAAAUUUGGAUACAUUUCUAAGAGCUCCCUUUUGUGCAUAAAUAUCAUCAGCUCAAGCAGGGUCACGGUCUUCGAUGGCAAGUCAGGCAAGUUCUUCAGUUCCUGUGCAAGCUCUCUGCCAUCCAAGUCUGAGUGUUCUUUAUAGUGCAGUGUCAUACUAAGGGAUUCACAUUGUCGUGUCAGCUCCUCAUUUGAGAGAAGGUUGACAGCACUCCAAACUUCUCUCCCACACUUCCUGAAGGGCUGAGGUUGCAGAAUCAACAAAGACAUUGAAAAACAUGUCACCUCCAGCUUCUUCAGGGCCAUGACUCAAAGGCUCAUAAAAGGAUUUGUAUGAAAAGUGUCUGCUUUGUGGACCUCAGACUUUUCUGUUGUAGAACGGCCUCUACAUUCAUACCGUCGCAAACAUCCUUGGCUGACGUUUGUGCGGUCAUAAAGCCUGUUGCCCUGUAGUUGCUGAGACCUCACUCUGUCUUUCUGAGAAGUCUGACUGCAACAUCCACAUGCAUACUGGGAGACCGCAUCAGCUUGCUUACAUGUUGGAUCUGGCUCCAGAUGUCACACCACACCACUGUACAGAUGCUGAAGCGGUAUGAUACCACCUCCUCUGACAAGAACUGGGCCUAAAUCUUUAUCACAGGGUCUUUGGUUUGAUCACUCACCUCAAUCGGUGCCUCUCUCACCGCUGCUGCCUGAUACCUCAGUGGCUCGACACUCUUAACUUUACUCUCCCACCUUGUCUCAGUCCACAUCUUCAAAGUGAUGUCCACAUGUUUUUCUGGGAUGGCCCAUCGCUGUGUGGAGGCUGAGAACAGGGUGUACAGUUUGUGUAAGAUGCCAAAGUAUAGAAUGAUAGAGAAGAAUUUUGCCAGCUUGAUGUCACUCACCAGGAUUGAAAUUACCUCAACAAAUCGAUGAGUUCAUUCUGUAUUUGGUGGCCAAAGUAAUUGGUGGUGUGACUCGAGGUCCCUUUUUAGACACGGUUGAGGUGCUCUUUCAUGACUGGAUCAAAUUGUGCCAGCAGUUCAACCUCUUUGAGGAAAUUUCCAUUUGAUGGAGAGUACAGCAUUUCUGUGCGUCCCCUUAGUGCCAGAUGUGCUAUUUGAUAGAUUCCCCCGCUCCCCCCCUACCUCGGGCUUCCAGUGGGGAGACCUGAGGUCAACCUACCAUCGCCCCCCCUCCCCAUCUCGUACUUCUGAGUGGGAGACCUUCCCAGGUAGUAGCUUGCCUAGGUCACAAACUAAAAUCAGGGCGCCCACUCCGACAAGGUUAGUUGACCCACAGUCCCACACGGUGACGUGCAAGUGGCAUGACGUGCAAAUGAGCGAUAGAAAACCAAUCGCGCAAAUGUCACCAUUCCAACAUUUUUUGUUUGGCCGCCCCGUGCCGCCCCCAGCAAGAUGGCGCCCUGGGUGACUGCCCAUGUUACCUAUACCUAAAUCCGCUGCUGGAUGGCAGACAGCGUGUUUGGCGUUGUGUCGGGCGAGCGGUUUGUCGAUGUCAGCUUUGUUAACAGAGUGCCCCGUGGUGACGGUGGGGUUAUGAUAUGGGCAGGCAUAAGCUCCAGGCAACGAACACAAUUGCAUUUUAUGGAUGGCAAAUUGAAUGCACAAAGAUACCGUGAUGAAAUCCUGAGGCCCAUUGUUGUGCCAAUCAUCUGCCGCCAUCACCUCACGUUUCAGCAUGGUAAUGCACAGCCCCACGUAGGAAGGAUCUGUACAAAAUGUAUGGAAGCUGAAAAUGUCCCAGUUCUUCCACGGCCUGCAUACUCACCAGACAUGUCACCCAUUGAGCAUGUUUGGGAUGCUCUGGAUUGACGUGUACGACAGCGUGUUCCAGUUCCAGACAAUAUUCAGGAACUUUGCACAGCCAUUGAAGAGGAGUGGGACAACAUUCCACAGGCCACAAUCAACAGCCUGAUCAACUCUAUGCGAAGGAGAUGUGAACGCGGGAACGUUGCUUUUACAUUUUUAACCAAUAACGCAGAUCUUCCGUGAUCUGGAACGAAUCCAAACCUUAACCAGGUUAGUCUCGUUCAGGUAAAAAAAUCAAUUUUUCUGAAAAUCCCUAUCUUAAAACAUGUGCAAUGCGAAUGUGUGGAGCCUACUGUAAGUAUCGAACAGUUAUUCACCCCCAUGACGAAUAAGCCAAACCCCGAGAGGCAACCAAAAGAAGAAAAAAAAGGGGGAAAAAACACCUCUUUUGUCAAAGUCAGACAAAACCUCACAGACCCUUUAAAUGAGCCGUUCAAAAUUCUGAAAAGGACGUACCGAAAGGAAAAAAGAAAAAUAAGAAAAGAAACAAGAAACAGAAAAGUUAUCAGAGCCACUGUCUGUGUACCUCACAAUGGCUCUCGCUGAAGUUUGUGUCUCUUCUGAUCUUCUCCCAGCUGGACUUCUGAUUUCCACCCUGUCUCCUCUGAUCUGCCUGCAGACAUCCGACAGCCUUUUGCCAGCCUGUGAGCUGUCAAAGUACCCCUGGAAUCAAACGCCCAGCCAUCCCAUCUCCAUGCUCCGGCAUGAUCAAAGAGGCACAGACAAGACCAUUCGUGGAGAGCCAUGUUCGAUUCCCCGACUGACCUGCCUGUGGUGCAGCUGGUGAGGGGUCAACUAAGGGGACAGCCUGAGGGGGUGAAGCAGGAAUACUUGGGCCCACCAGGACCACAUCCCCAUACCUGGCCCCAGCAGCACCGGCCCUACCUCUACCCUCCUCAACCUGCCUGUCCAACCCGGCCUGCCCGCCCUCCAUGCCCAUACCAGGGGGCCUACUACACAGAGCAGCAGCCUCCAGCCUGGUAUCAACCACACAACACAUGGGAGGUCCAGAGCCACCUGGAGGGCUCUAAGUUCCACUUGCACCAGGCCCAGAGUCAGCAGGUCAAGCAGUACCUGACCCUGGGUUCCAAGCUGGCCGGGGGACAAGGGGGCCACCCUCACCCCACUGCGCAGGGAGGGCAGCUCCUGGGCACCGUUCCAGUGAUGAGGAAUGCUCACAUGGCCCCCCUCAGCGAUGGCAGCACCCCCAGCAGCCCCGUUACACUGCUGACCCUGGCAUCCAACCACGACAGCGAGUUUCCAAUGGAUGAAGUUAUUGAUGACUUGAUUAGCCUGGAGUCCGGCUUCAAUGACGGGGGCUUGGAUUGUAUGGAUCCCAGCAUCAUAAUGCAAAACAAUGUGCUGAGCAGCAGCAUGCUGGACAUCUAUGGGUGUGAACCAGGUAUGACUACAGCCCCUCAUGGCCGAAUGACACCCACCUCACGCCCCACUAAGCUCACUACUGUAAAAAGGGAAGUCACAGAACAUGAAACGAGAGUGAUGGCCAAAGAACGACAGAAGAAAGACAAUCACAACUUGAUUGAAAGAAGACGAAGAUACAAUAUCAACUACAGAAUCAAAGAACUUGGAACAAUGAUACCAAAGUCGAAUGACCCUGAUAUGCGCUGGAACAAAGGCACCAUUCUCAAGGCGUCGGUGGAGUACAUCAAGUGGCUGCAGAAGGAGCAGCAGCAUGCCAGAGAGCUGGAGAACAGGCAGAAGAAGAUGGAGCAGGCCAACAGGAGGCUACUGCUCAGGAUCCAGGAGUUGGAGAUCCAGGCCCGUGCUCACGGCCUCCCCAGCAUGGCCACUGCCCUGGGUACUGUAGAGCUCUCCUCCCAUCUCCUCAAACAACAGCAGCAGCAGCCCUUGGCUCCCCAGUCACAGCAGGGUCCUCAGCCACCCCUGUACCAGGAAGAGCUGAACGGGGAGUACCUCCAGAGGACCUCCAUGCCAGCCAUGACCACUGGGGGCGUCACUGGGGUUACAGACCAGGGUCAGGGGGUGGUUGACGGCUCCACCACUUUCUCCGACCCGCUUUCUCACUUCACAGACUUCUUCAGCUCCACGCUCAAAGAGGAGCAACGGCUGGACGAGAUCCUCAUGGACAACCCGCUCUCGCCGUUCGGCACCGACCCGCUUCUCUCCGCCGGCUCACCCGACGCCUCCAAGGACUCCAGUCACAGGAGCAGCUUCAGCUCGGACGAUGACGACCUAUGAUCCCUGACCCCUACGCGACCCCCACGGUGACCCUGUGUCAAAGGUCAAAGGACAUAGAGCAGUUGGUCACCCUCACAAAUUGGUGCGGGGAUUUGUUCCAGCCCAGCACCAACAACACAUCCGAUUCUACUGACCAGCUCGAAUCAAUGAGAGCUUGAUUAGUGGGCUCAGGUGUGUAAGUGCUGGGCCAGAGCAGACGCCUGCACACCCUGUGGCUCUCCAGGACCAGGGUUAGUUACCACUGGCACUCCCACUUUUUACAAACUUUGGUGGAGAGUGUGUACCUCGCGGGCAGAACCAGACUCAUGAGAAAAAGGGAGAAAGACAAUCGGUCCAUACUGAUCAUAUGAUAUGGUUCCAAAAUGCAUUGGACACUGGGGAUGUUGUACACCACUGUAAACUAUACGGUGGCUUUGCAAUAUGCCAAAAGAGGACAGUGUCCUUUUUCAGAUGUCUACUAUUACAGUUAUUGUAUAAAAUGACUUUAAACCACUGAGGUUCACUGAUGGGCCCUAUCUAGAGCUAGUUACUGGUGGUUCCUCUUUCAGACAGAAAUUAAAAUGGAACAGUGAUACUUGGCGAAAAAGCCUAACACUUCCUUUGUUUGUCUUUAAAUGUAUUUUUACAAAAUGUUUUAUGUAUGUAUGUGUUUUAAUCCAUGUAUUCCUAAAAAAAAAACAUUACAUUAUCUAACAUGCUCUCUUUUGUAUUCUUAGUGGGGGUGGGGAAAAAAAGAAUAAACCCCUUUUUUGAAAUAAA